UUUUCAGACUUCAUUCUGUUGAGUGUUGACCAUCAACGGUACAACGUAGCAACCGACAAAUGAAAGCGUGACGUGAUCUGUGGCACGCGCGUCACUGUAGAAUUAUACGUCGCGAGAGGAGGAUAAUGUUUUCGCAGCGCAUAGAAAUCGAGAAAAAUCGUCUGUAGGACAUCGAUAUCGAAUCGCACCCUGUGCGGCAUCGUUCCGUACGCUAGACGACGAGAAAUAUGGAAGCUGAUUGCCAGUCAACGCUGAGUCCGUCGCGGACACUGACAGGGAUAGGCAAUGAUUGUGAGGACCCAUACCCCAGCUUGUCAGAUUACCAUGAUUAUGAGCCGAACUUGGAAUUCGAUGAUACCGAAUUGCAAACCACUUCGAACAACGCUGUACAACUCCUAGAAGCAAAAUUGGAUUUGGUGAGCAGCAGUGCGGGUACUGGCUUGGAUUAUUUGGAAAGCCCAGUGAGCGAUGGGACGAUCGAGGAGAACUUUGAGGAGGCUUUAGUAGACGCUCCGGUUAUCGAAUCUGCGGAAGAUUUAGCUGCUUUAGAUCAAGAACUCGCCGAUGAGGAGGAUUAUCUCGACAUAUCUAGAUACGGUAUCGUGGAAGUGGUCGGUGAUGACAGUGCUGGUCGCAAGAUAAUUGUUGUAUCAGCUUGCAAAUUACCUCCCAUCGGGAGGGAAACCUUCAAUCAUGCGAAACUCCUUAGGUAUCUCACGCAUACUUUAGACACGUUCGUGGAGCAAGAUUACAGCCUCGUUUAUUUCCAUUAUGGCCUUACGUCGAAAAACAAACCACCAUUAUCAUGGCUGUGGCAGGCGUACAAGGCGUUCGACAGGAAGUACAAAAAGAAUCUCAAAGCUCUUUAUCUAGUACAUCCAACGAACUUUAUUAGGAUCGUAUGGCAAAUAUUUAAACCUGCUAUUAGCGCUAAAUUUGGACGAAAAAUGAUGUAUGUUAAUUAUCUGGAGGAAUUGGCGCAAUAUAUUAACUUGGACCAACUAAUUAUACCUCCUCAAGUGAUAGAACACAACGAACAGUUAUUGAUAAAAAAUAAGAGAAACUUACCAGCGAGUCCGCCGCCAAGCGCAGUAGUUACGCCAGUCGGCACGACGCAAUUCGGUGCUAGCUUGCAAUUUAUAAAAGAAAAUAACAACGGUGAUCCAAUACCACCGAUCCUAAAGCAAUGCGUGGAAUUUCUUGAUACGCCUGACGCUUUGGAAACAGAAGGGAUAUUUCGAAGGUCAGCUAACGUGGCGGUCAUCAAGGAACUUCAGAAUCGCUGUAACCAAGGCUUAACCGUUGAUUUUCAAGGAGAUCCGCAUAUCGCCGCCGUUCUACUCAAGACGUUCCUUCGCGAGUUGGACGAGCCUCUCAUGACCUACGAACUGUAUGACGAGAUCACGCAAUUCCAAACAUUGUCGAAGGACGAACGUCCUCGUAAAAUUAAGAUAUUAGUACUGGAGAAACUUCCCGAGGACAACUACCAAGUUCUCAAGUACAUCGUACAAUUUUUGUCGAGGGUAAUGGACCGAUGUGACUUAAACAAAAUGACUUCGAGUAAUCUUGCAGUCGUAUUUGGGCCAAAUCUAGUUAGAGCGCCACCAGCGCGUGGAUUGUCCCUCUCCGCGAUAGGACCCAUCAAUCAAUUCAUUGAUUUCUUAUUCACUUAUCAAGAUAAGAUAUUUAUUAUUUAAAAGUGAUUUCCAGGGCCUAAUAACGUGCAACUGUCGACUGUGUAUUACUGCAUGCAUACCACGUCCGCAUUUUUGUUUACCGAAAUAUUUUUCUAUCUGAUACGUGAUAGCAAAGUAGAAGAAGAUAUUCAAUGUUCAUUUUUACAGAAGUUUUGCACAAGAUUUUGUAAUACAGGUAGGCGUAAUGAUGUUCGGACAAAAGACUAGAACGAUGGAUGUUGGUUGUGUAAUAUUGAGAUGCCAGUUUGAAUAUAGACAACAUAUGUGUAUAUUUAGAAAAAAACUUACGACCGAAUACCAAAGAUAUACAAAGCGUCAUACAGUAAAUAUAAUGUGUAAGGAUUAUUUAGAAGCAAUGCUUACUUAUUUAAUAAAACGUAGAAAAGUAUAUGUUUGCGAAUGAAAAAAUAUAUUGAAGAAUAUUUUUGUCAUUGUGCGAUUUUAGACUUAAUACGCCGCCCGCUAUUUAUCUUAAUUUUAUUUCAAUUAAUUUCUUUUAACGUUAGAUUUAUAGUAAAAGUGUUUUAAACAAUUAAUUUUUUUCUAACUUUUUAACUCAUACCAACUAUGUUAUUUUUUAUCCGUAGUUUUUUUCAACUUUGAUGAUAUUUUUAUUUUGUUGUUUUCUCUUAUGCUGUCAAUUGAAAGAAUUUACAUUUAUCAAGUGUUAUUUAAUCAAUUUAAAUUGUUGCUUCGAUUAAAUUCUUAAUAAUUAAAUUAAAUUAAAUUAUUAAAUUCUUAAUUCUCGAUUUAAUCUUGUAUUAUAAAUCAAUCUUUAUUCUUUAUUUUCAUUGCACAAUCGGGAUCAUCGAAUUAUGUUAUAUAGCUUCAAGUUUGAAAUAAAUUUUUCAUAAACUAGAUACACAACACACACACACACACACACACAUUAUUUAUUUAUUGGAUUGAACGGAAAGUUCGUUCCGUUUUUGGCAAGAAAUUGGUGAAAAUAGGCGUGUCUAACUUUAUUCAAAUGACUUUAAACAAACAGAAUUUCGGGGAUGACAAACCGAUAAAAAAAUAUAUAAAAUAUGUAAAUAUGAUUGUGUUUUGUGUAGUUGGCAUCAGUCCAAAAAUGGAGACUAAUAAUGUGCAUUUUCGACAUCUCAUGCUUUUCUACUUUUAAAAAGACAAGAAUGUAACUCAAACUCAAGAAAAGAUUUGCGGUGUGUGGAGAGAAUGCGGUAAACGAACGAACGUGCCGAAAGUAGUUUGCGAAAUUUCGUGCUGAUGAUUUUUGUCUCGACAACACACUACGCUCAAAACGGUCGAUCGAAAUUGAUGAAAUACUGCAAAUAUUGCAAAUAGUAGUUGUUAAACAUUUACAUGAUUGCGUGAUCAGUCGUCUCGAUGUCAAAAAAUAAUUUUUUUUACAACAAUCUAGAGCACAAGAUAAACAAUCAUUAUCGACUCCGAAAGGAGGAAUUCCGAAAAAGGUCAUAUUUUGCACCUGACGGUCUUGAACAAGAAUCUUGCAUUAUAAGGUCCUACCAGGCGACCAAACAAUUAAUUCAAAUAUACUGUUCAUAAUUGAACCGAUUGAAAGUAAUAAGUAGUCAAGCAAAACCGUCCAGAAUUGAUCAAUCUUAAAGGCGUCAGCUUCCACUAUGAUAAUGCCAGACCGCAUGUCUCUUCGGCGACUUGGUAAAAAUUAGUACAGCUUGGUCGGGACGUUCUAUCCUAUCUACUAUAUUCCUCGGAUUUAGCACCCUUGGAUUAUUAUUUGUUCUCUUCAAAACUCUCUUAAUGAAAAAACUCUUCGAUUUCCCAAAAACCACCUUGAGCAGUUUUUCACUCAGAAAACUGACAACUUCUGACUAUGGACGGAAUUGUGAAACUAUCUGAAAGAAAGCAAAAAAUUAUCGAUAAAAAUGGUUGCAUAUGUUGAUGAAUAAAGUUGUAUC